GCUGACAUUCGCGCCCGGGAACAAUAUCAGCAGCAGCAGCAACAACGGUGAUUGGAUAAUCAGUAGCGAGUGUUUUGAGUUUGUCCCUUGGCGCCAGCACACCGGUCUGAUUUCAAGAUGAUCCGGCAGAUUCUGCUGAAAAACGAUAUUCUCGUCCGUUUGGUGGCUGCACGAGGCUACAGCCAGCCCUCUGCUCCGGCCGGACCUGCUGCGGGCGCUGGUGCUCCGGCUUCACCUGCCGCAACUGGCGAGGUUCCCGGAUUGAGCUCGCGGUGCGUUCAGAAGAAGGAUGGCCCCGUCGGUCCGGGAGCGGACCACAAAGGAGCGUACAAAGUGCCCGAGUACUUUAGCUACAACCAAACCAGCUACUUCGAGGCCGAGGUAGAGAUGUCCAAGUUCCGGAUCCCGCAGCCCUCUGCUAGGAAUUGAGGCGGAGUAGCACCCCCCCAACGAACAGAUCCUGGUGCUGAAGAUGUGAAUAGGAGUCAGCGACGUAUAAUAAACGGCACAUAGUUAAAUUAAAGGCC